AUGGGCAUCUACUGGUGUUUAGAGGUCACAAGCAGCUCAGUGCUACUCAGGCUGUGUUCACUGUGCGUUGCGCUAAAGUGUUACCUCUUCUUGCAGUUGAUCACAAGUGAAGCAGCAAUAAUCUUUCAGCUUGCGGCCCAAGUUCUGGAUGAGUUCGACGAUGAGGACAUCGGAUUUGGCCUGGUGGAUGAAAAGAAGGCCUCUGCUGUUGCCAAGAAGCUAGGUCUGGAUGAAGUCGAGAGCAUCUAUAUCUUUGCAGACAAUGAGAUAAUUGAGUAUGAUGGAGAGCUCGCUGCAGACACCAUUGUUGAGUUCCUAUAUGAUGUGAUUGAAGACCCAGUGGAGAUAAUCGACAAUGACAGAGAAUUGAAGGGUUUCUACAACAUGGAAGAUGUCAUCAAACUGGUUGGCUACUUCAAGAGCGAGAGAUCCCUCCAUUUUAUAGAGUACGAUGAUGCAGCUGAAGAGUUUCACCCCUUUGUCAAAUUCUUCGCAACAUUUGAUCCCAAGAUUGCCAAAAAGCUGAAACUAAAGCUGAAUGAAGUGGAUUUCUAUGAACCGUUCAUGGAAGACCCAGUCACCAUUCCAGGAAAGCCUUACAUUGAGUCUGAGCUUGUUGAAUACAUCGAACAACAUGACAGGCCUACUCUGAGGAAACUCCAACCUCACAGCAUGUAUGAGAUCUGGGAAGAUGAUAUUAAUGGAGAGCACAUAGUUGCCUUUGCUGAAGAGGAUGAUCCAGAUGGCUUUGAAUUUCUGGAAAUCCUGAAGGAAGUAGCACGCGACAACACUGACGAUCCCAACCUCAGCAUCAUUUGGAUCGAUCCAGACAAUUUCCCCCUGCUGGUUCCAUACUGGGAGAGGACAUUCGGUAUCGACCUUUCGUCUCCUCAAAUUGGUGUCGUUGAUGUCAAGGAUGCUGACAGCGUCUGGAUGGAGAUGGAUGAUCAGGAUGACAUGCCGACAGCUGACGAGCUCGAACAGUGGAUCGAGGAUGUUCUGUCAGGAAAGAUUGAUCCUGAUGAUGAUGAUGAUGAUGAUGAUGACGAUGACGACGACGAUGAUGAUGAUGAUGAUGAUGAUGAUGACGACGACGACGACGAUGACGAUGAUGACGACGACAGCGACGAUGACGACGACGACGACGAUGAUGACGACGACGACGACGAUGACGACGACGAUGACGACGACGAUGAUGAUGAUGAUGACGAUGACGACGAUGACGACGAUGAUGAUGACGACGACGAUGAUGACGACGACGACGACGAUGAUGACGACGACGAUGACGACGAUGAUGAAUAAUUGUCUUUUACAUCAUUUUAAUGGAGAAACAUUAAGUUUUUCCAUUAAACUAAACAUCUUGCAGCAAAAAGACUUGACUUCUUGUAUCAUGGCAGUUUUCCCAUGCUGGGUUGUUGUAAUAACCUGACGUGACACACUGUCAGUUAGGGAAGGAGGUUUCCUGUUAAACAAGAGGAUUGUCUCACAGAUGGCUAGAAUGGUUCAUGUUUAAAAAAAAACAUGUCUUUGAUGACUGCCUUUCUCUCACCUCUGGACAGUAAAUGUCAAAAAAUGUAAAUGAGGCAGAGACAAAGUUCCUAAAAUGUUUGCUCUUACCUUGUUUCAGUGAUGAUGAGAACUAACUUGUUUUUGUUACAGCUUGAAAAUGAGAAAAUAAAUUUCACUGGACAGUCUUAAAGUCAAUAAAUCCAUCUUGGAAAAUGUAUGUUGUAGGUAAUAAACUUGAGUUUAUUUUA